CGCCGCGGCCGGCGGGUCACCCGGGGCGGCCGGUGGGGCGGGCGCCAUGGCGGUGAACUACAGCGCGAAGGAGGAGGCGGACGGGCACCCCUCGGGCGGCGUCGGGAUACCGGGCGGCGGGCUGGUGGGCGGCGGCGGCGGCGGCGGGGUGGUGAAGACCCGCAAGCCCGAUAACACGGCGUUCAAGCAGCAGCGGCUGCCGGCCUGGCAGCCCAUCCUGACGGCGGGCACGGUGCUGCCGGCCUUCUUCAUCAUCGGCCUCAUCUUCAUCCCCAUCGGCAUCGGCAUCUUCGUCACCUCCAGCAACAUCCGCGAGUACGAGAUUGACUACACAGGAACAGACCCUUCUAGUCCUUGUAACAAAUGUUUAAAUGUGUCCUGGGACAGCACACAGCCUUGUACUUGCACCAUCAAUUUCACACUGGAACAUCCAUUUGAGAGCAACGUAUUCAUGUAUUACGGACUUUCCAACUUCUAUCAAAACCAUCGUCGUUAUGUCAAAUCUCGAGAUGACAGCCAGCUCAAUGGAGAUAACAGUUCACUACUUAAUCCUAGUAAGGAAUGUGAGCCUUACCGCACAAAUGAGGACAAGCCCAUUGCUCCUUGUGGAGCUAUUGCCAACAGCAUGUUUAAUGAUACUUUGGAAUUAUACCGCAUUGAAAAUAACACAAGGACUCCUAUUCCUUUGAUUAAAAAAGGCAUUGCAUGGUGGACAGAUAAAAAUGUCAAGUUCAGAAAUCCCACAGGAGAUGGAAAUAACUUAACUGCACUUUUCCAAGGCACAACAAAGCCUAUAAACUGGCCCAAGCCAGUGUAUAUGCUGGACUCAGAGCCUGACAACAAUGGCUUUAUCAAUGAAGACUUCAUUGUGUGGAUGCGCACGGCUGCUCUGCCGACGUUUCGCAAGCUGUAUCGUCUCAUUGAAAGGAAGAAUAAUUUACAGCCUACCUUGCAGGCUGGAACAUACUCUUUGGAUAUCGCAUACAAUUAUCCUGUACACAGUUUUGAUGGACGAAAGAGAAUGAUUCUAAGCACCAUCUCGUGGAUGGGAGGCAAAAAUCCCUUUCUGGGAAUUGCAUACAUCACUGUUGGGUCCAUAUGCUUCUUCUUAGGAGUUGUAUUGCUCAUCAUCCAUCACAAAUAUGGAAAUCGAAACACUAGUGCAGACAUUCCCAAUUAAUCUUGCAUUCUGAAAACAAGUGUUCUGCAUGUGCAUCAAGGCCAGUCCAGAAUGGACCCAGUUUUUGAAAGACAAAAUCUCUGCUUCUGUCACUUCUGAGACUGGGUACAUAAUUUUAUCUAAAGCUCUCCUUUCCCAUACUGUGGAUUAACUGUUGAAAAUGACGGGUAUACAGUUAGCUAUAUUGAUUGUAUCUCUGCCUACAUCAGAAACACUAUUUCUGAUACUUGCCUGGAACCAGGCAGGCCACACGAUGCAUAUAGCUCCUGUUCCCUUGAUGCAUCUGCUGCUUGCUCAUGUGCUAUGUAAUAUCAUUGUGAUUCAGGACAUACAGACUGUGUGGAGAAAGACUGUUAUGAGAUACUAUAAAUUGUUAACUUUCUGGAAUUCAGGUGUCAGUGCUAUUGAAAGGAAAAGUCAUGUCUUAAAUGUUUUUUUCAAUUUACUGUCUUGUGUGCAUGGGCUUUUAAAUUUCUUGCUGAGAUUUUAAUAUAUAAGUUGUUAAAUGUUUUUCCUGUGUCCUACCCACCUCUGUUAUGUUAAAUCCUUUUAAAUGCUGUGUAAAUUUUGGCACUCUGGAUUCUUUGCAUAUUUACAAUUUAUGUGCCUGGCCAGUAAAAUAUCAUCCUAUGAAGGUAUCAGAAAACCUAUUUGUUAAUUAUUUCCAUGAGUCUCUUUUAAAGUUUGUUCUAAAUUGGGAAAUGUUUAUUGCAGGUAAAAUCUGCUUUUUUCUUAUGUUUGUUGCUUUAAGUCAUAUCCAGUACUAGUUUACCUGUUGUGGGUGCAGGUUUUGCUUUUCACGAGCAGCUCCAGGCAUUACUCCAGAAGAAGCUAAAAUGUUUUUUCAUUCACAAAUUUGGGUGUAAUCUUUUUACUGGAGGAGUUUCCUAAUUUUCUUGAGGCAUGUGUAUUCUGAACAGGCUUUGUUGUAAAGGAAUUGUCAUAUAAUUUUUCCUUAUGUGGAGUAGAUGCCACACUAAAUUUUUUGCAGUGUGAAGAUGGUAAACUAUAGAAAUUCAAAAGUUGAGAUGGCAGUAACCUCUUUUAAUUGAAAUGCAGGUUGAUCUUGCUGUGAAACCUAACUUAAGUAUUGCAGUUAAAGGCAAUGUGCAGGUUAGUGUCUUAAAUUACAGAAGGGUUCACUUUUAGGUUAAUUCAAAGUUAAAAGUAAAAUACUACAUUUUGGUGACUUUUUUUGGUUUUAGAUGGUGCACAGAAAUUGUAAUGUAUAUGGUGGAGAUCACUUUAUAUGCAACUAGCUUGACAAAGUAUUGAGUAUAUGGAAAAAGACCUAAUAAAUUCUGCAAACCAUUUAAUAAGAGAUUUUAUUUUGUUCUUGAUCAUAUUUAUUUCCAUCUGGAUGAAAAGAUGUAUUCUCAUUAAAUGCUAAUGCAGUUUAAGUGAGUUGUGUUGCUGGAACUGCAUAUUUGGUACAAAAAGUUGCUUAUUCAUGGCCCAAUAGCUUAAUCUAUAGUUAGCUUUAAACAACACUAUUUAUCCCAUAAACAUGUGACCAUUUUUAUUGAACUACUUGUUUAAUCUUUUUAAGCUAGCAGUUUAAGUGUGCAAGUCUGUAUAAACUGUGGAAUCAGGCAGUGGUUUCCAGUGUGUUAGCCUUCUGUAACUCCAUAGAAUAAUUUGUUUUCAUAGUACAGUGUGGCAGCACAGGACUUGAAAUACUCAAAAUAUGUUAAAGUUUUAUUUAGUGUUGUAUCUGUAUUGCUGGAAUUCUAGAAUUAGGGUAUGUACCUUUGUAUAUUGCAAGGCAGAAAACUCACACAAAGUCUUUAACUGGCUUUCAUCUGCAGAGUAGUUGCUGGUCCAAAAUGUAGUAAGGGGACAUAUCCCAGUUACUGGUUAUUAAAAUAUUUUUAUUUUUAAA